GCUCGGGAUCCGCUGGUUCCGUAACAACAUCCCGUUGGCCUCCCUCAGGUGGCGGGACCGGUGCAGCCGCCGCCUCCCAGGAGCGCCCGCUCGCCUGCUCGCCCGGGCUCUCCUUCUCUCCGGCCCAGGCCGUCAUGGCCACCAACCCGCAGCCGCAGCCGCCUCCUCCCGCGCCGCCGCCUCCCCCGCCGCAGCCGCAGCCCCCACCGCCACCGCCGGGCCCCGGGGCUGGCCCGGGCGCGGGCGGGACGGGCGGCGCGGGGGCCGGCGCGGGGGAUCCGCAACUCGUGGCCAUGAUCGUGAACCACCUCAAGAGCCAGGGGCUCUUCGACCAGUUCCGGAGGGACUGCCUGGCCGACGUGGACACUAAGCCUGCUUAUCAGAAUCUCAGACAACGCGUUGACAACUUUGUUGCGAACCACUUAGCAACUCAUACAUGGAGUCCCCACCUCAAUAAGAACCAGCUAAGAAACAACAUUAGACAACAAGUACUCAAAUCAGGAAUGUUGGAGUCUGGUAUCGACCGCAUUAUUUCUCAGGUUGUAGAUCCAAAGAUCAACCACACGUUCAGACCUCAGGUGGAGAAAGCUGUGCACGAGUUUUUGGCCACACUAAACCAUAAAGAGGAAGCUGGUGGCAGCACUGCCCCCGAGGAGGAAAAGCCUGACUCUGCCGUCACUACACAAGGUGUCCCCGCUCCUGGGCCCAGUGCUAAUGUAGCCAAUGAUGCCAUGUCGAUCUUAGAAACCAUAACUUCUCUUAACCAAGAAGCUACUGCGGCCAGGGCUUCCACAGAAGCCUCAAACGUGAAGACCAGUGAGAGAGUGUCCAAAAAACUCCCGUCGCAGCCAAGCACCGACACCGGCACUGAGAAAGAGAAAGCUUCAGAGGACAUGGCUGAUAAAGACAAGUCUGCACCCGACUCCGCGGGCGAGGGCCAGGAAACAGCCCCUAAAUCUGAGGAAGUUAGUGAGCUCCCUUGUCCAGUUGAAGAAAUUAAAAAUCAUACAAAAGAGAGUAAUAGUUCAGUUCUGCCAAAUAAAGAUGUUCAACAGGAAAACAGUGACCAAAAAAAUAAAUCAGACAAAGGUGAAAAGAAACCAGACAGCAGUGAAAAAGGCGAAAGAAAGAAGGAAAAGAAGGAAAAGACUGAAAAGAAAUUUGAUCACUCGAAAAGGGGAGAAGAUACACAAAAAGUCAAAGAUGAAAAACAAGCAAAGGAUAAAGAAGUAGAGUGUACAAAAGCUCCUUCAGAAAAGAACAGUAAUAAAGCUAAAACCACUGAAGGAACAAAAGAAGAUUGCUCUGUGAUUGACUCUGAUGUGGAUGGACUUACAGACAUUACAGUUAGCUCUGUCCAUACCAGUGACCUCUCAUCUUUUGAAGAAGACACUGAGGAGGAGGUUGUAAUGUCUGAUAGCAUGGAAGAAGGAGAGAUUACAUCAGAUGAUGAAGAGAAGAACAAACAAAAUAAAACAAAAACUCAAACCUGUGAUGCCAGUGAAGGAAAAGCAAAAAGCGGACGGCAUGCAUAUGUUCACAAACCGUACCUUUACUCAAAGUAUUACAGUGAUUCCGAUGACGAACUCACUGUAGAGCAACGGCGGCAGUCCAUUGCUAAAGAAAAAGAAGAGAGGCUUUUAAGAAGGCAAAUUAAUAGAGAAAAACUUGAAGAAAAACGAAAACAGAAAGCAGAAAAGACAAAGACAUCGAAAGCUAAGAGUCAAGGCAAAAAUACUGUGGACUUAGAAGAACCAUCAACAAAGAAUCUGGAACCUAAAGCCCCCAGAAUUAAAGAAGUCCUUAAAGAACGGAAAGUUUUAGAGAAAAAAGUAGCCUUAAGCAAAAAAAGAAAAAAAGACUCAAGGAAUGUUGAAGAGAGUUCUAAAAAGAAACAGCAAGCUGAAGAAGAUUCCAAAGAAACCCUCAAAACCAGUGAGCAUUGUGAAAAGGAAAAGGUAUCUUCUUCAAAGGAUUUGAAGCAUGUCCAUACAAAAAGUGAAGCAAGUAAAACUACUCGGAGACUCUCAGAGUGUUUGCAUUCAGUGGAUGAAAACAAAAAUGAAUCCAAACUAGAGAGAGAACAUAAAAGGCGGACAUCUACCCCUGUUGUGGUGGAAGGGGCACAAGAAGAGACUGAUACACGAGAUGGAAAAAAGCAAGGGGAACGUUCAGACGUGGGCAUAGAAGACAAAGAACCGCAGAAACAGAAAAGCACACUUAAAAAUGAAAAACACCUAAAGAAAGAUGAUUCUGAAACAGCACAUGUGAAAAACCUCCCUAAGAAAGAGACGAAAUCUUCCAAGGAAAAGCCUGAAAAAGAAAAAACUGUGUCAGAAGACAAGUUGUCUAUGAAGCAUAAACAUAAAGGGGACAGUGUGCAUAAAAUCAGUGAUGAGACUGAGCUUCACUCUUCUGAGAAAGGGUUAAAAGUAGAUGAAAGCGUUCAAAAGCAAAGUCAACAGACUAAGCCUUCUUUGGAUGAUAAAGCCGAACGAAAAAGUAAACAUAGGAAUGAAAGGAAGUUAUCAAUUUUAGGCAGAGAUGGGAAGCCAGUUUCAGAAUAUAUUAUAAAAACAGAUGAAAAUAUUCGUAAAGAAAACAAAAAAGAGAGACACCUGUCGACUGACAAAACUAAGGUAGAGCACAAAUCAAGAAGAUCAAGUGAUUCUAAAAUUCAGAAAGAUAAUCUGAGUUCCAAGCAACAUGGAACCACAUUACAGAGAAGAAGUGAAAGUUAUUCAGAGGAUAAGUGUGACACGGACUUGACUAAUUUAGACAGUAAUUCAAAACCAGAAGAGGUUUUUCACAAGGAGAAGCGGCGAACAAAGAGCUUGUUAGAAGAGAAACUUGUGUCCAGGUCUAAGUCAAAAAGUCAAGGCAAACAGUCAAAAGUUGUUGAAACAGAAUUACAAGAGGGUGUCACAAAACAGACAACCACUUCAAAAUCAGAAAAGGAGAAGAACUCAGAAGAAAAUGACCCAGAUAGACAACGAAAGUCGAAAGCUGAAGACAAACCUUCUGAGGAAGCUGGUGUUGAACCUGCAUUAGAGAAUGUAGCAUCCUCAGCCCACGGUGCCCAGAAGGACUCUGGUCACAGAGCUAAGCUGCUGCUAGCAAAGGACAGAUGUAAGGGCGAGAAGGAUUCAACCUCCUCCAGACUGGAGAGAAAGUUAUCAGAUGGACACAGAAGCAGAAGCUCAAAGCAUAGUAAUAAGGACGUGAAAAAGAAGGAAGAUAGCAAAUCGGAUGACAAGGAGAGUAAAGAACUUGAUGGUAAUCAUGAAAAGGCCAGAGGAAAUGGUUCAGUCACUGAAAAGAAAUUAAGCAGAAGGUCAUGUGAAAAUCGAAAAGGAAGUGCAUCCCAAGAAAUGGCCAAAGGAGAAGAGAAAUUAGCAGCAAAUACUUCGAGCUCUCUCAGUAGUUCCUCCCUUCAAAGACCAAAAAGAGGUAGUGAUACCACAAAGAUCCCUGAACAAGAGCCAAUGGAAACUGAUUCUGAACCUGCUGUUGAAAAUGUACUGGAAGUAUCGAAAACCCAUGAAAGCAGCAGUAAUAGUUCUCAGCAAGACGCUGACUCUGAAAAUGUGAUGAAACAAAAAACAGCAGGCACGGUUCUAAAGGAUGAAGUAAGAACUUCCACCGUGGAUGCAAAAGCAGCUGCUCCAGCCUAUAAAUCGGGACGUGGAACAGGGGUUGCUGGUAAUUCCGAAAAGCACGCUGAUCAUAAAAGCACCAUGACCAAGAAAGUACAUAUCCAAAGUGCUGCGUCCAGACCAAACCCCAGAGAGAAAACACCCACUCAACAGGGAACUCAGGAAUCAAAUGCAGACUCUGAAGCCAGUCAUCGAAUGUUGCCUUGUGCUUCACCAGAAAAUGACAGGGCACAAAAGAACUUGAAACACACAAGACCUGCUGAAGAGCAUGUGACUCAAGGAGAUGCUGUUCUUGAACAUUCCACAAACUUAGACCCCUCACCUUCCUUAAGUUCGGUGGCUGUUGUGCCUCAGAAACAAUCUCAUGAUGCAGAUGUGAUUGCUGUAGUUGACAGAACUGUUUUUGAAGGUGGCACAGGCAGCACCUGCCUGGGGGACCACUCUGACCUCCCUAACCAAAGUUUGACUGUUAGGGAAUCCGAAGUCCCUAGGACAAGUCACAGCAAAGAAGAUGGUGCAAUUUCCACAGCAGAUAGGCUGGCAAAAGCAAGCCUAGAUAGCAAAAGACACAUUCCAGAAGGUUCCCAGGCCACCAUAAUGCAUAGUAAACAAGGGAAAGGAAACGUGCCUCUUGAUAGCAAGUUAACAGACACAGCUAUGGGAAAUGAGAAUGUUAACAAAGAAUGUGGCUUGGCGGACAUGGCCAGGAAAGAAAGUGACUUAAGUAGAUAUCCCACUUCAGAGCAGACAGGUAGAAAUGCGAUAGCAAAUGGCCAAAAAGAUGGCAUCUCUGUCGACUGCACCGUAGGCCUGAGUACCAAAAAAGAUGCUAAAACUCUUCAACUGGAGCACAGUAGAGGCUCAGAUGAAGUAGAAAACGUGUCAGCUGAUGUUGAAAGAAGUAACGAAAACAGCGAGGUAGACACCAGUGCUGAAGGUAACCCUGCCCCCUCUGUUUCACACCAAAGGAACAGAGAAACUGAGAACGUGAUAGCUGAGUCUGGCAAAGCAGAGAAGAUUUCCCUUGCCACUAGUACAGAAGGGAAGGACAAAGGCAUUCCCUUGAACUCAGUAAAAGCCGGGGAUGCCACAACCACUUCUUCAGAAAGAGGAGAGGGGAAGGUGACGGUGCCUUGCACAAGCAUUGAAGCGGACGAAGGCCUCACGGGGGGCUCCGGAAACACGGCUCUCCACGCGGGGGCGGGAGCCAGCGGGUGCACUGUGUUUGCCGCAGCGGAGGAAGGUGGCGGGGUGGUCACGGAGGGCCUGGCGGAGCGUGAAACCUUCCUCACCAGCACCAAGGAGGGAGAAAGUGGGGAGUGUACUCUGGCUGGAUCUGAAGAGCGAGCGGCAGGCCCAGUGACUGCGCAGGUGGUCACAAUCGAAGAGAGUGUCAAUAGUGCUGUGACAGAGGAGAAAGAUGACGCUGUGACCAGUGCUGGCUCUGAAGGAAAAUGUGAUGGUUCUUCCAGUAGAGAUUCAGAAAGACUCGGGGGAGCUGUUACUUUCACCAGUGAAGGCGAAAGUGACGGAGCCGUAACAAGUGCUGGGACAGAAAUGCGAGAAGGGUCGUUAAGCAGUGAAGAGGCAGACAGGUUCCAGAGAAAUGUGACGAGGAUGGGCCCCAAAAAAGAAACGGAGGGGACUGUGACGUGUACAGGAGCAGAAAGGGGGAGUGGAAGCUUCGUGGUGUGCCCCGUCACUGGUGCGGGGCCGCAGGAGGAGCGCAUGGUGACAGGGGCAGCUGUGGUCCUGGUGGGCAAUGACACGCCUCCAGGAACAAACGCCACCCCGGAAGGCGAUGGUUCUGGGAAUGACGGUACAGAGGGGGAGAGUGCCGUCACCAGCACUGGGAUCACGGAGGAAGAUGCAGAGGGACCAGCAAGUUGCACAGGCUCAGAAGAGAGCAGCGAAGGCUUUGCCAUAAGUUCUGAGUCAGAAGAAACUGGGCAGAGUGCCAUGGGCAGCACUGUAGCCAAAGAAGCCACUAAUGUACCAUUGGUCGCUACCGGUCCCUGUGAUGACGAAGGCAUUGUCACCAGCACGGGUGCCAAAGAGGAGGAUGACGAAGGUGAGGGUGUUGUGACUAGCACUGGAAGAGGAAAUGAGGUUGGGCACACCUCAGCCUGCACAGGGAUAGAAGAAGAAAGCGAGGAGGUGCCCAUUUGUGAGAGUGCAGAGGAAGGAGACGGUCGCAUUGGGACGGCAGCCGGGCGCGGGGCAGCAGGGGCCGGAACUGCCACUGGAAACGCACAGGAAAGUAAUGUCCACAGUGUGAGUGAGGCAGAGAAGGAGAUGAAAGACGCAGAAAUCUGCUCCAGUGCCAAAGGGAUCGUGGAAAGCAGUGUGACCAGCGCAGCUUCGGGAAAGGGGGGAGUGGUACCAGUGCCUGAAGGUUGCGAGGGGCCCAUGACUAGCGCAGCUUCAGGUCAACGCGACAGUCAGCUCGCCAGCAAAGACAAAGUUGAAGGCACCACUACUUCCACUGGCCUUGUGGGGGGCAGUUGUGAGGAACUGGUAUCCGGUGCUGUCCCGGAAUAUGAAGUCCCUCACACGUCCCCAAGUGAGAAAGAAGAUGAGGGGGUCAUCACCUCCGUGGAAAAUGAGGAGUGCGAUGGCCUCAUGGCCACAACGGCGGUGGACAGUGUUACCAACCAGACUUGCUUCACUGAGGGCCAGAGUCAAGGCACAGGCUUGGUGAUUUCCACCAGUACCACACACGAUUACACCUCCCAGUUAACCACCAUUAGGGACACGGAUGGUCAUUCCAGUGCUCUGAGAGCUGAAGAAAAUGACGAAGGCCCCAGAGGGAACACAGAAGAGUUCGAGGCCCCCAUGCCCAGUGCAGUUGCGGGAGAGGAGAGCCAGCUCACGGCGGUGAGAAACGAGGAGAAAGAUGAGUGCGCCAUGAUCUCCACAAGCCUAGGGGAGGAGUGCGAAGUGCCCGUCUCCAGCGCCACGACCACCCUGUGUGCUGGCGGCCAGCAGCCAGUGGUGACAGCUGGAGAAAGAGCCAAGGGCCCCCUCUUGGUCAGCACCGACGACUUCGAGGUGCCAAUGCCCAGCGCACCCACAGAAGUGGAAAGUCCUCUUGCCUCGACCAGCAAGGAGGAGAAAGAUGAGUGUGCUCUCAUUUCCACCAGCAUAGCGGAGGAGUGCGAGGCCUCCAUUUCCGAGGGAACCGCAGAAAGUGGCCACGGGCAGUCUGGCACAGCCGUGGAGGAGAAGGACGGGAGUGCGGUCAUCUCCACGAGCUCGGUGGAGGACUGUGAGGGCCCCGUGUCCAGUGACGUCCCUCGGGAGGAAGCCCAUCCCGCGGCCACUCCCGUGGAAGAGAUCAGCGACACCACCAUGAUUUCCACGAGCACCUCUGAAGGACGAGAAGCAGCCAUGAGGGGUGCUGUCCCCCAGGAUGAAGAGCGGCCCGCCGGGGCGAGGUCGGAGGACUUGAGUGAUGCUGCCAUCAUCUCCACCAGCACCGCCGAGUGUGUGCUGACUGUCAUUGGCCUGGACAGGCAUGAAGAGAACCCACUGGCUGCGAACAACCCAGACGGAAGGGACGACGUGUCGGCGGCAAAGGUGAGCAAGUGUGAGGUCCCCAUGCCCAGCCUAAUUGCCGAGGACAGCUGUCAGUGCCCUGGGCCACUCACAGGAGAAAAAGAAGUGAGUACCGGGGAAGGGCAUGUCAAGGCGCCGGUCAGUGCGCUCUCUGCAGCGGGUGGCCUGCAGCCUGAAGAGAAGAGUGUGUCCUUGAGCUCAGUUCAGAGCCGGGACAAAAGCCCUGAGGCAGGGCCAGCGAGAGACAGCGCCGCAGCACCUUGUACGGCAGGGAGGGACUUGGAGAGGAGGGCUGGGUCUCCUGAAAACCUGAGAAGGCCAGAGCAGACGUCUCGGCAGACAGCUGAGGGCUCCUCCGUCAGUAUUCGCUCUUUGACAGCAGCAGAUACUGGUGCUAAACUAUCUGAUGACACGCCACAUGUCAGAGGCACUGGGACAGAGCAGCCCUCUCUUCCUCCUGCCCAGCGGGAGUCUGAGGGCAACUUGAAAACCACCACCACCCAGCAAAUUCAUGGCCAAGAAUUAGAAAUCGCUCCUUCCCACACGGUCCCUCCCGCUGCCUGCCAUGCUCCUCUGCCAGCAGCGCCGUGUGAACAGGACUUGACCAUAAAGAGUGAUCACAGUGGCAAAUGGACUGGUCAGGCGUCAGCGGAGAAAGCAGGACACGGCACGGUGAAAUCCUUCCAGAAGGAAGGGGACCUCGCGGGCACUGUUUCUUCUGAGGAAAAUUUGGGUGAUAUAGGCAAAGAAGACUCUCCAUCAAAUGUUUUGGAAGGAUUGGACUUGAAAGCCAGCUUGAAAACUGAGACAUUUCUACCAGCAGAGGAAGAGAAAAAUCAUGAAAUUCCAGCACCGUCAGAUAGUUCACGUGGGAAAAAGCUGACUGGAAUAGCUGAAGUACAGGGAGAGCCUUUGUUGUCAAACGAAUCACUGAAGGUCAAAAACUCAGGCUCAAGAACAAACGAAGAAAUUCACAGCAAACAUCAUAACAAAGAAGAUAAAUCCAGUGGUAGCAAAGACAACGCAGAAGCUGUAAGAGGUCACAGUGUUGAAGCGCAUUCUAAAGAGGUGGAAGAGAAAGAAAGGCAUAUGCCUAAAAGAAAAAGAAAGAAGCAUUACCCCUCUUCAGAAGACGAACUGGAUGAUAAUUCAGAUGCCCUAGAUUCCAAAGGAGAAGCAGCACAGAGGCAACGUUCUGAAAAGGAGCCACAAGACACAAAGGAAGAGAGCCCUGGGGAUUUGGAGGAAGCAUCUAAAACAAGUCCUAACACAGGCGGUGCCGCUCCAAGGGCCAUGGAGGAGAGAGAUGAGUAUAGCAGCAGUGAAGCCGCUGGCGAAAAGACAGAGCAAAAUGACGAUGACAACGUAAAAUCUCAGGAGGAAGAUCAGCCAGUAAUUAUUAAAAGGAAAAGAGGAAGACCUCGUAAACACCCUGUGGAAACAGCAUUAAAAACAAAAGAAGACUGCAAAGCAGAUACUGGCAUUGUCACUGUAGAACAAUCUCCUCCUGGAGGCAAACUGAAAGUAAUGCACACAGAUGAGUCCAAUAAAGAAACGGGGGCCCUGCAAGAAAGAAGUACAAGCAAUGAUGACGGUGAAGAGAAAGCAGUAGCGAGCGUACGUCGGAGAGGAAGAAAGCCCAAGCGUUCGCUCACUUUAUCUGAUGAUGCUGAAUCCUCAGAACCAGAAAGAAAACGCCAGAAAUCCAUUUCUGAAGCAACAGAGGACAAGAAAGACCAGGAGUCUGAGGAGGAGGAGGAAGAGGAGGAAGAGGACGAGCCCUUGGGAGCCACCACAAGGUCUGCCACCAGAUCAGAGGCUCAGAGGUCGAAGGCGCAGCUGUCCCCUCCCACCAAGCGCAAGAGGGAGGCCAGCCCCCCGGGGGCGCGCACGCGAGGCCAGCAGCAGCGGGCCGAGGACGCCCCCGCGAAGAAGGCGAAGCGGUAAUGCGCGGACGGCGGGAGGAGAGGGAGAGAAACUGGAGAAAGCGCCAGCCUCACCCACACGUGGCGGCUGCUUGGUUUUUUGGUUGGUUGGUUUUUUGUUUUUUGUUUUAUUGAACCAGGGAAAGGACCUGCAUGUGCUCUAAAUUCCUAGGUGCAAGCUUUUUCUUGUUAUAUUUUAAACAGCUUUAUAAACUAUUGUUCAUAGAAGAUAGAUAUUAUGUACAUUUAUUUCAGAUAAAGGAAAAUAAGUUUACUUUGUAUCAACUCAAAGCAAAGUAGUUGUAUAUUUUAACAUUCGAAUUGGGAUUUCCUGAUGGGGCACAUGGCGAAUGCAGACCCUUCAGCCCACCAGACACCAGGCUGCCUGCCAGUCAUCCGUGUACAGUAUAUAAACGUGUAAAAAUAGGUUGUAUUUUACUCUGUGUAUGAUGCUAAUCAAUGAACACUUUAUUUAUUUUACAGAGAAAACUUAUCUGUGAACUUUACUAUAUAUCUGUUUAUUUUAUUUUAUUAUUUUUUUAAUUAAAAAAGGAUUUUAAAUGCUAUGCAGUCAUUAGUAGCAGUGUUUAGGACCGCCUGCCUGUAACUACGAAUAUGGCCUGGCAGGACACACAGAGCCUUCUCGCAUGUGUUCAAGUGCAGUAGCUUAGCUCAAGGGGCUCCAUUGAUUUUCUGUUCACAGUUGUGACUGUUUUUUUAAGAAUGUCACUUGUUUUUAGAUUACACUCUCACCUAUGACUUUACGACCAGCCCCGCUGGUGAAAGAGGUUCUGGUUCAGGUAAAGUUACAUCCUGUUUGUCACCUGCAGCAGAACCGCCCACCCCCGCCCCGUCGGUGUCUGCUCCUCUCUGCCGGUCCGCGGCCUAACCCCUGUCCUCCCCGUACAGUCGUUUUCAGAGAAGAGAGAUGCUCUGAGGAUUAGGCCACUCCCAUCAUGCUUCAGGUUUUAUGUUGUUUCCCACGUCAUUAUUUCAGGAUAGAAACUGGCUUUAUUGCCAGGUCCUUUUUUAAACAUCUUUAAUCUCCCAUAUGAACAAACUGUCCAACUUAUGUUUUUCAUAAGAUUAAACUUUUCUUAAGAUCAAAUUUGUCUCUAGAGAUGAUGUGAUGAGUUGCCAAAUAAUUGAGAUUAUUUUAAAAUGUUUUAUUCAUAUUCUUGUUUUGUAAUUAAAUUUACAUUCAGUGUGAAUUUUUUUUGACGCAAUGUAA